AUGCCGCACGCGUCGUCCAUCACCGCCCACGUCACCGCGAAUCGCGUGAACGUCGAUCACGCGCACCAAAGACGGCGACGUGGACGAUCGAGCACGACGUGCCGUCGUGCGACGAAUGCAUCUUCUCCCGCCGUCGACGCACCCGCGGACGCGUUCAGGCGCGCGCUGGAGGACGUGCGCGCGCGCGUAAAUGAUGCCUUGCCGGUGGAGGCGCGACGGGCGGCGACGCGGGCGGCGUACGCGUCGAGCGCGUCGUUGCGAUUUGCGUUUUUCUUGUCGCAAGUCGUCUCCAACUCGCGAGAGACGGACGCGCGGGAUUUAGACGUCGCGGCGAUCGCGCAGGUGGUCGGACGAGUCGUGCUGGGUACUGACACCGCCGACAAGCCGGCGGCGAUGGUGACGAAGACGAUGGAUGGGGAGGAGAUGGCGAACGAGCAGGCGGAGAGCGUGAACGCGUUUUUGGAGAGCAACAUGGGCGCCAUUCUCGACGUGUUCAAGCGCGAGAUGGAGUUCGUCGAGGACGGUGUGUAUAAGUUUCCGUACGACAUGGAUCCAGCGACGGCGCCGGCGUCGCAGUGGAAUCCGGUCGCGGUGAGCGCGCUCGCCCGGGCGAACGCUCGGGACCAGCGAGAGGUUGCGAAGAGGAGAGAGGCGCAAAAGGGACAAGAACUUCGCGAGACCUACGUCGCCGAUCCGAAGCGGUACCCUGAUUACUACUUGCAAAACUUUCACUACCAGACGGAUGGGUGGUUAAGCGCGCAGAGCGCGAGAUUGUACGAUUUCCAGGUGGAGUGCCUAUUCCUGGGUUCGGCGGAUGCGAUGCGCCGCCGAGCGCUCCCAUACAUCGCCGACUUCAUGCGCAAUCGCGACGCGAAGACAACGAAGCACUUAGAUGUGGCGUCGGGCACCGGUCGUUUCUUGUCCUUCGUGCGCGAUAACCACCCGGAGUUGCAGAGCACGGCGCUCGAGCUGUCGCCGCACUACCUCGAGGCAACUCGCAAGAUCAACAAGCGUUUCGAGGGCAAGGGCGGAAGUCUGCGCCUGGUCGAAGCCAACGCCGAGGAGAUGCCGCUCGAGGACAACGAGUUCGACAUGAUUACUAAUGUCUAUCUCUUCCACGAGCUUCCGCGCCCAGUUCGAGUGACCGUUGCCAAGGAGAUGGCUCGCGUGUUGAAGCCGGGCGGCAAGCUCUUCUUCGUGGAUAGCGUCCAAAUCGGCGACGGCAAGGACAUCGGCAUGGAGAGCGCGUACGAGCUCGCCAUCGAACGAUUCCCCGCGUUCAACCACGAGCCGUACUACAAAGAUUACUCAGUUACCAACCUCGUCGAGCUCUUUGAAGAGGCUGGCUUGCGUCACGAAGCCACCUCGGAGGCUUGGGUGUCCAAGACUAUGGUCUUCUCCAAGCCGUUCGACGGCCAAGAUAUGACGACUGCGUCUAGCGAGGUCGUUGAACCGCAAGAAGUCGAGGCUCCCAGCGCUGUGGUCGAGAACAUGAAGUCAGAAACGACCCCGAUCGAGGCGGAGACCGAGCCUGAGUCGUCCGAGCCUGAGUCGGACAUCGGCACGCGCAAGUUUUAA